GCACGAGUUUGCUGUUCACGUGACGGUAUUUGUCACAUAACAAACGUGUGUCUACGGGGAAGUCGGUCCGGUACACUAGCAAGGACCGGGGCAGCCGUAGAAAUGAAGCGGCACGUUAACAAAAGAAAACCGAAAUCUUCAUAGUAUUUUCUUCACGCAACAAUGUCGCUCCAACCGUGGGUGGAGGAUGCGCCGGAGGAAAGGACGGCUUUCUUCAUCGGCGCUGACUCGGACACCGCUUUGGAGGAGCAAGAACACCAUCAGUUCAUACUACAGAAAGCCAACGCUUUAGUGUCGGAAAACUGCCUGAAAGAAGCCAUAGACUGGUUUACAGCCGCUAUGCAAUAUGGCCCUGUGCUACCAGAACAAUUAAGCACCUUCGUGGACUGUAUCCUCCGCAACUUCAAGAGAAAAGAGGGUGGGCCUGACACACUUUCGGCCCGUAGUCAGGACGCAGGGGACAGCGGCGGUGGGGACGAGAUGUUUGACUGUCCCAACUGCCAUAGAUUUGUAGGUGAACCUGUGACCAUAGCCUGUGGACAUUCGUAUUGUAAAAGGUGUUUACAACGACGGCUGCUCUCCAAAUGUAAGCUGUGCAAGGAGACUGUGAGCGGCGAGGAGAAAGCGAAUGUAAUGCUGUGCGGACUUUUAGACAAAUGGUUCCCCGAGGAGCGGAGGAAGUCCAAAACGCUAUAUGAAGUGGACGAACUGUGUAGAAAAAAACGAUACGAGGAAGCUAUUUCCCUAGCAACUGAUGUCAUUCAGUGUGAUCCAGAGACGACAGCGGUGGCACGACUGUCGCGAGCCGAGGCGUACACAGCUCUCAAAAUGUACCAUCGGGCUUUGGAGGACACAGAACUCAGCCCCACGUCCAACUGUUCUGCUGAAGCUUUGUUUAGGAAAGCUAUGGUGCUACAUGAGAUGGGCCAAGUGGACGAGUCUCUCCAUGUCUUCCUCCAUUGCCUGUCUGAGGACGAAGACUUCCCCUGUGCUAAAAGACAAGUGGAAAAGAUCCUGUGUGACCUGCUCUCCCCCACUGGUGAGAAUGUGAAGGUUGGCAUGAGGGAAACCACUCAGAACACGUCGCCUCGCCUGCGCAGUAAAACCCUGGUGGCCGAUGCCCAAGAACAACCGCAGAGCCCGGUCCAAAGACAACACCAAUCGCCGGCCCGCGCCGCCUCGGCACACCAACACCAGGACAGCCAGGAGAGGCGUGGGGAGAGCCUGGAGCGGCCCGGUCUGAGCCGAGCUCACUCGCUGCGGAUGUACGGCCUGAGCUGUGGAGAGGAAGGGCUGAAGAGAGUCUGCUCUGCUCCUCAGCUGGGGGACGAGAACAAAGGGAGUCUGCUGAAGAGGAAGCUGUCGGUGUCCGACACAGAACACUGUGUUGUAGGCAGUGGGGGUAGCAAGUCUAAAAAAAAAGAUUUGGUGAAAGGCUCCAAACAAAAGGCUGCCAAAGCAAAGACGUGCAGAAGUGUUCCUGAGGAUCAGGUGGACCCUAAUGACUGGGAGUGCUCUCUCUGCAUGAGGUUGUUCUACGAGCCUGUGACGACUCCAUGUGGCCACACCUUCUGUAAAAACUGUUUGGAGCGCUGCUUGGACCAUACGCCCCAGUGUCCCCUCUGUAAAGAGAGCCUGAAAGAGUAUCUAGCAUGUAGAAAGUACGUGGUGACAACUGUCUUGGAGAAACUGAUCAAACAGUAUUUGAGUAAGGAGUAUGAAGAGAGGACUAAAACAUAUCUGGAGGAGACCAGAGAACUUUCUGAUCUGACAAAGAAUGUGCCUAUCUUUGUGUGUACCAUGGCUUACCCCACCGUGCCUUGCCCGCUGCAUGUCUUCGAGCCGCGCUACCGCCUCAUGCUUCGCCGCUGCAUGGACACGGGCACGCAGAAGUUUGGGAUGUGUAUUAAUGAUCCCCAGAAAGGGUUUGUAGACCAUGGCUGCAUGCUGACCAUCAGGAGUGUCCAUUUCCUGCCUGACGGACGGUCAGUAGUGGACACCAUCGGAGGGAAACGCUUCCGGGUCCUGACACGAGGGAUGAUGGAUGGUUACAGUACUGCGAACAUCGAGCAUCUGGGCGAUACCAGGGUGGAGGACAGUGAGGAGCUUGAGAAACUCCAAGAGCUGCACGAUGCCGUGUAUGAGCAGGCCCGCGACUGGUUCCAAAACCUCAAGGUCCACUUCUACGACCAGAUCCUGCAGCACUUUGGACCCAUGCCAGAGCGAGAAGCUGACAUCCAGGCGACUCCCAAUGGUCCGGCCUGCUGCUGGUGGCUGUUGGCUGUUCUGCCCAUCGACCCCCGCUACCAGCUCUCUGUCCUCUCCAUGACCAGCCUCAAAGAACGCCUUGUAAAGAUCCAGCACAUCCUCACAUAUCUGCAGAGCAUCCCCAACAACUAGAGCUUCCUCUUCUGAUCACCACAAAUAUUCAAUGGACUUUGUAAUGACAUUUAAGCAACCUUGCAACAAUAUCACAAAAUCUUCUGUUUCUACUGCCAUCUUACGCUUCAACUUCCCUUUACAACAAAACCCCUGGUUUAACAGCUUCUAGUAUAAAGCCUACACGAAACAAAAGACAAGCUAAAACCUGAUUGAAAUGUGGAUCACUGAAACCAGAGAUGUGGCCAAAACCACCUCAGGGAUAUUCCCACUGACACACAUUAUUCGUGUGAUUGUCAAAAUAUAUUUUGGAAAAUAACACCAAUAUUACAGCCACUAUUCUCAUCUGCCCUCAAUCCUAAUAGCUUCUCAUCUGAUAAGAAUGUGGCUCAAUUAGUUUGUUAAAGCGCAGUUUCUAUUACACUUGAUUGACAUUGUAUUGAUGCUGUUAAAGGCAACAACGAUUUUAACGAUCAACCCUUAAUGAUAUUACUUACGGAGCUGAAGGGAGGAGAGUAGUAUAGUUUGUGUGGAAUCAUCCCUGGGGAGAUCCGAUAAAGGAAGUUUUCUGUUUGUUUUGCCGGCUGGCUGUAAGAUUUAUGUUAAUUUUGAGGAGGGGUGAUGUGAUUCUGCGGAACAAAUCCUAAAUGCUGAAAGUCCAAAAACUUGAUAGCAAGAUGUGGUUUAGAUCAUCCACUUAGUGGAAGUUGUGCAUGAUAAGCAUGUGCCUCUUAGUAAGGGAAAAGGACCCUCCUGUUGAAAGACUAAGACGAUGUUUCUUCUCUUCCAAGUUGUCAUGCAAAGAUCGGGCAUAUUAUUCCUCUAUCAGGUCUAAACCUCACUCCUGGCCCUUAAAUGUAAUCUGUAUCCUAUGCUUUCUUUAAUGCUUUUCUUCUCCUCACAGUUAUCCUAAAUCGUACGCACUAUCUUUGGAAAUGUGAUUGUUAUGCACAUUUGGAUGACCUGGUUGAGUUGGAGGAUAUCAUGUAUAAGAUUCAGUGGUUCUUUCUAUAAAUCGUCAAUCUUCUAAACAAAAAUGUUCAGACACCCGUUUCAUGAAUUUAAAUUGAAUUAAUUCAUAAGUAGGAAUAUAUUUGUACAUUCUAAUGUGAAGAAGAAUAUCUGAAGGGGGUUCUUGCAAUAUUAUGACAAAUCAAAAACCGGACAACAUAAGGUUCAGAGCUGCUCUGUCUAAAUGGAGGGAGGAGGAGCUGCGGUGCUUCAGUCAGUACUGCGAUUGCCUUACACCAUUUUGGUAUUGUGAUUUUUAACAACACAACGCAUUGACUUGGUCACCAUUCCUUUUUUUGCCAUAGGGUGAAGUACGUUUUCACUUUUUUCCAGUUAAUGGAACCAUUUGUUCACAUUGUGUAUUCCAAGUCCUAAAGAAACAAGAUUCAAGGCUGUUUUAUGGAUAAGAUACCUGUUAAAAUGAAAAAGGCUUUUUGGUCAGAUGUUUAAAUUAUAAUUUUUCUAUAAUAAAUGCCCUUCUUUUUCA